AUGAUUGGAUUGCAAGGGAUGGCCGGAGCAGGAAAAACUUCAAUGGCAAAAGAAGUGGGUUGCAAACUAAAAGAAUCUAAAUUAGUUGACAAAUUCAUCUUUCUUGUGGUGUCCAAGCCUCCAGAUUUGAAAAAGAUUCGAGGUGAACUUGCAAAAGGCUUAGAUUUGGAGUUAGAUGGAGUGAAUGAAGAGCUUUCCAAUACAAUAUGGUCUAGAAUCACUCAUAUGGAAGAAAAGCUGCUUAUAAUACUAGAUGAUGUAUGGGAAAAUUUUGAUUUGAUAGAAAACUUGGGGAUUCCAUCUGACCAUAAACAUAAAGGCUUUAGUUUAUUGAUAACCACACGUAAUUUAAGAGUUUGUACAGAAAUGGGAUGCCAAAUGAUUGAACUACAGACAUUGAUCUAUGAAGAGGCAUUGAAUCUUUUUAAAACACAUGCCAAUAUUAAUAAUUCCACUCGUGGUUUGAAGGGCAUGCCGGAAAAAGUUGUGAAGCAUUGUGGAGGAGUAUCAAUUGCAAUUAUAGCAAUAGCAAGCACAUUGAAAAAUCAAUCUACAUCAGUUUGGAAGGAUGCUCUAAAAACAUUGGAAGAUUGUGCUGUUGAUCAAAAUUUGGAAAAGGCUUAUAAAUGUCUAAGGUUAAGCUAUGAUAACUUGAAAAAUGAAAAUGCAAAAGAACUCCUUUUGAUAUCUUCUUUGUUUCCAGAAGAUGACAAAAUUCCUGCAAAACUUUUAACCAUAAUUGUUUCAGAUGCAACAUUUAAGCAACUUGUGGGAAGAGCUGAAAUUCUUAUCUUGAAAGGAGGGCAAGUAGAAGCAAGAUGGAAGAAUCUUAUUCCUGAUAUUGUUCCAAUAGACAAGAGAGGUGCGAUGAAUGAUUUGAUUAUUCUUCAUUUGAAAUCAGGGCCUAAUAUAGCGUGUCUAAUUGAGACUGGAAAUGAUUAUUAUGAUAUUUAUAUCGGGGUUCUUUGCCAACUGGCUUUUAGAGCAAUUGGAGAUUAUGACGUUGGUGAAGUCCAUCCACUGCUGCAAUUGCAAAAGUUAGUAAUUGAAAAUUGUGAAGCAUUGGAAUACAUUAUAACGAAUUCAAGUUCAGGAGGGGAAGCAGUUAAUGAUGAUGGUGAGAACGAUCAAAGAAGUUUUGACUCACUAUUCCCUGAACUAAAAGCUCUUAAAAUUUCAGGUGUGCCAAGUUUAAUAGGCAUCUUUAGAGAUGACGACCACAUGAGUUCGUCUUUGCAAAAUCCAUCACCUACACUUUCAACAAAUAAUUCAAAGAAAAUGAUUCGAAAGCCCACCAUACGUGCUUUCUCUUGGGUACAAGCAUGCUGUUUUCAAAAUAACUUGCAGGCCAUAAGUGAAGAGACCAAUUUUGCUGAUUCUAACAAGAAAUUGGUCCCCCACACAAUCUCACAGGAAUUAUUAGAUGCAUCCACAGAUGGAGUUCCUCCUUUUCAUGCAGCUCAAAGCCUUUUGGUGACAUCAUUGAAGAAUGUUAGGGAAAUAGAACUUGUGGAAUGUUGGAACUUAAUAUCACUGUCAACUCUAUCCACUGCGGCCUCAACAAUUUCAUUGGAAAAUUUGACUAUCAGAGAAUGUCAUAAACUGAAGUGCAUCACAACACAUGAAGAAGAUGCUCAAGUUGAUAAGAAUUACUGUUCCAUUUUUCCAAGAUUAGAUAGUCUGAAAAUUGAGGAUUGCAAGGAGUUGGAGUUUUUAUUUCUAUCCAAAAUAACUGGAGGACUUGAAAAUUUGAAGUCUUUGAUGAUCAAGAAAGUUCCUAAACUACGAUGUGUUGUUGGGAACUACUCGCAGGAGCAACAAGCAUCCUAUGAUCUUCCUGCUUUGGAAACCCUCUCCAUCGAAGAUGCACCAAAGAUGAAUAGCAUUUGCGCUGAGAAUUCUAAACUUGAGUUGUCAUCUCUACAGAAACUUGUUCUGAAGAAAUGUAGCAUUAAAUCUUUGACCAAUUCGAUGGGUUGUUCAGAUGAAGAGGAAAUAAAUUGGACAACUACAAAGGAAUUAUUGGAUGCAUCCACAGAUAGAGUUCGUCCUUUUCAUGCGGCUCAAAGCCUUUUGGAUAAAUCAUUGAAGAAUGUUAGGGAAAUAGAACUUGAGGAAUGUUGGAACUUAAUAUCAUUGUCAACUCUAUCCAUUGCGGCCUCGAAAAUUUCAUUGGAAAAUUUGACAAUAAGUAGAUGUCAUCAACUGAAGUGCAUCACAACACAUGAAGGAGACGAUCAAGUUGGUAAGACUUAUUGUUCCUUUUUUCCAAGAUUAGAGAAUCUGCAUAUUGAGGAUUGCAAGGAGUUGGAGUUUUUAUUUCUAUCAGUGAUAUCUUGUGGAAUUGAAAAAUUGAAGUCUUUGAGUAUCAAUAAAGUUCCUGAACUAAAAUAUGUUGUGGGUAUGUAUCAUGAGGAGCAACAUUCACCAUAUCAGAAUCAAGAUGAUGAGCUGCAUUUUGAUCUUCCUGCUUUGGAGACCCUGUCUAUCGAAUAUGCAUCAAAGUUCAAUGACAUUUUUGCCAACAAUUAUAAUUUGGUGAAUUGGAGAACUACACAGGAAUUCCACGAAUCCACAGAUGGAGCUCCUGUGUUUCAUGUGGCAGAAAGUCUUAUGAUGCAAUCAUUGAAAAACAUUAGGGAAAUGAAACUUGUGAAUUGUGAGAACUUAAUAUCAGUGUCAACUCUAUCCAUUGCAUCAACAGUUAUGUUAGAAGAUUUGACAAUCAAAAGUUGCUAUCAACUGAAGUGCAUUGUAGCAGAUGAGGGAGAUUCUGGAACUCACAUGAACAACAAUUCCAACUUUCCAAAGUUGAAACAUUUGGAAGUUUCAUAUUGCAAUGCAUUGGAAUAUCUGUUCCCAUCAUAUGCUUUUAGAUCCCCUUCACAUUUGGAAUCUUUGAAGAUCUAUUGGGCUUCUAUGUUGAAAUAUGUGUUUGGAAGAAGCCAACAUGAAGACAAUUUAACUCAUGAGAAUCAUAAAAUCCAAACUGGCAUCAAUUUCCCUGCUUUGGAAUAUCUUUCUAUUCAAGAACUGCCACAACUUGUAAGCAUUUAUCCUGAAAACUAUUAUUUGAGAGGGUUAUCUCUAAAGUCCGUCUUCUUGAAACAAUUUCCAGAGUCCACAAUGAGGCCUUUUAAUGAGUUUUUGCUUAAAAGAAGUCAUAAUCGUUGUGACAAACUGAAGUACCUGUUUUCUAUCACAAUUUCUGAUAUUCUUCCAAACCUAUCGUAUUUGAAUAUAAGAGGAGCCUUUGAACUUGAGCAUGUGCUAAUCAGACGAGGUGUGAUGAAAGAGAUGGUCAUGAAGUAUGUGCUUCCACGACUAAAUGAUAUAAGACUAUAUGAACUUCCGAAACUUAUUAGUCUCUGCCAUGGGAUAGAUUUUCAAAUUUUGAAAAGAUAUCAACUGAAUAUUGAUCCUGAGAGUCCCCACUUUUUUCUUUACGAAAGUGCAGAUUCUAAAGUCGAAGAAAAAGCAGUGGAGAAGCUUUCUUCACAUAGGAGUACCGAUUAA